AUGAGCGCCGCCGAAAUCGACUUGACGUCGCCGUCGUACGGCGCGUACGCGGUGCUGAUGCCGCCGGCGCUGCAGCACCUUGAGGGCCGCUUUAUCAACGCGCGUAGCCAGCUUCUCUUUUACUUUGCGUUGUUCCCGCCAGAAACUCAGACACUGCAGGGCGUCGUGCUGUUCCUCCACGGCUCAGGUGAUCACUGCCGCCGGUACGUCUUCCUGUACGAGCGGCUGUGCGAGGCAGGUUUCGGCGUCAUCGCCUACGAUAUGGUAAAUCACGGCGCGAGCCACUGCGACUCAACCAAGACACGCGGCCACGUGCGCAGCUUCCGACACUUGGUGGAGGACACGAACGCUUUUGUCACGUUCGCCAAAAGGUCCAUCUUCUCUCAGGUCAAGGCGCUUCAAUUUGGCUCGCCGACGGGCUCCCACAGCUCCGCUAGCAGCCAGACCUGGACGCCCCCGAUGAUCAUCUCGGGAACCUCAUUCGGUGCAUUGCUGGGCAUGCACACGGUGCUGUCGGGGGUUCACGACUUCCAGGCGGCCUUUUGGGGCGGUGCAACCGUCGGGAUGGAGAUGUCGACGGCGUGGAAGCUGCAGGCGAAGGUGAUUCAUGCGCUCUCACUCUUAGUGCCCAAGGUUCGCCUCGUGGCGCCACUGGACUACGAAAUGCUGUGGCGCGACCCGGGAGACCUUGAAGAUUUCAAGUCCGAUGCGCUAGCGACAACGGAGGAUAUCACAGCCAGGACCAUGCAUCAGACAAUGGACGCUAUGAACAGGCUGAUGCGUGACAAGCGAGUUGAACAGCUCGGCAGCAACUUUUGUGCCCUGCGGAUGCUCUUCCUUACGGGCUCUGAGGACCACAUCGCGGAUCAAGACGUGACGCGGCAAUUCUUCAACCGACUGGCAAACACAGAGAAGGAGUUUAAGGUUUUUGAUGGCGUGUUCCACUGCGUGUUCGAGGACCCGGAACGAGACGAAGUAGUGGCCUACUUGCUGCGGUGGUUGCGCCGGGGACGCGUUCGUACAAUAAUGUCGACCCGAAUCGGGUACUAG